AUGGACAACGACACACUGCCAUAUCUUCCCCCAGAAGUUAUAAUAAGUAUUCUUCUCCGACUUCCAGUAAAAUCCCUAAUGCGAUUUCGAUGUGUGUGCAAAGAGUGGAAGAAUCUCUUCAAAACCCCAUCUUUUGUUGCUGAGCACCUCCAUCACUCCACUAAGCAGAAUUCUCUUCUUUUUGAUUGCACUAUCUAUGGUUGUACGUUAAGUUUGCUCAAUCAUGAGAUGCAAGUUCUUGAACUUCAGAAACCUCCUUUCAUUGAUACCUCAAUGGGUUCCUACAGGAUUGUCUAUUCCAAUAAUGGCUUGCUCUGUGUCGAACUCAUUAAUGUAAAACCCUCUUCUUGUGGAAUCCAGCCAUUAGAGAGGUCCAUCAGGUUCCCAAAGCUCUUAAACCUUUUGAACACGAGUAUUAUUGUUGUGUAG